AUGGAUCAUAAUGAUGAGAGUAUCAAAAGAGCUCCAAGGCGCCUUCCUUAUCUGGUAAAUAUUAAGUAUUCUUUGGUUUACUCUGUUUUUGUUAUCUUAUCACCUUUUAAAUUGAGUGUUGUGUUGACAGUUGACUCCAGUGAGGGUGAACACCCCUGAUUUUGUGAUGUGGCCAACUGGCAAGGUGCACAGAAGACCAAGGCCUGUAAAUCAAAUCCGACAUGAAAGCAGUUGCACAUAAAUAUUAGUUAUGCUCCAUGUACAAACGGCAGUUAUCACAAUAAAAGCACGUGCAGAUAUCCCUCCCCAUCUAACCACAUUUGAAAUGUAAUGCUUUCUUGACAGUCUCCUUCAGUGCAGACCCCUAAGAUCCACAGAAGGCCUGUAAAUCACAUUCAAAUUCAACCACAUAAUAGUACUUAAAUGAUUUAUUUAUACAUCAUUUGAACUACAGUUAUUUACAUAGCCAAAUAUGAGCAAAGUUGUUUCGUUUUUUCUUUACUGUUCACAGCCAAUCAUUGUGAGCUGUGGGCAGGACCAAACGUCUGGGGAUGGAUGGAAGUCAUGGAACAUCAAUCCAGAGCCUCUCAGCCAGGUCAGAUAUCUCUGCUGUUGCCAUAGAAACACAACAGAUAGAUACAUCUGUGGAUUCAUAUGGCCAUUUUGGUUAACUUGUUUGAAUUGAUUGAAUUGACAUAUCAUCCAUUCAAGAUGCUAAAGAAUCCUAUAGUAUGGAAGGUCUCUAGCCCCACCCCUAACGUUAUGGGAGCUUCACCCAUGAAUUACUCACUACUUGUUCAACCAUGUUGGAUUACCCAAAUAUUUUACAUUUCCUCUUUGGGAGUCAAUGCCUGUGUAAUCUAUGGCUGCCCUAAGUACAUGCAAGUGCUUUUGUCUGUUUCCUCAGUCUGGAAGGGUGACCUGACUGAUAGAGAGAGAUUAUGAUGAGGGGAUCUCAUCCUCCAACUCUGAUGACAUCUCUAUCUACUCCUUCACUGACUGUGAAUCUGAGGUAAGACAGUUGUACUCCAUGUCUUUGUUGAGUGAUAUCACUGUAAGGAGAAUAGUCUCUGACUAGUUGACUCUGAUACACAGUCUGAUGAUGAGGAUCAUGAAAGGAGGACACCACCGCUGAAAGUGAAGGAUGAGGAGGAUGGAAAGGUGACAAGGCUUGAAGUGAGGGAUAUGGUAGAGGACGACGAUCUGUCUCUCCACUCCUUCGAUGAGUCAGACUUUCUGGUAUGUUCUGCACCAUGUAUUUGAGUAACUCUGACUGAAUGUGGAGAAUGGACCAUGACCAACUAGCUCUCUGACACACAGCGUGAUGAUGGCAAUGAUGCCUCUGCUGAGGACAGUCCUGAGCCUCCAAAGGAACCACAGAGAAAAGUGGCUUCACUGAAGGACCCUCAACUGGUAGGCGGCUCUUCGUGUGUAUGUGUAUCUGUGUGUGUGUUUGUUUGUGUGUCCAUCUCAAUGGUUUGACCCUAUGUCUGUACAGAUUAUUGUGGCCAAACCCAACAUCCCUCUCCCUGCCUCUGUGAGUGCCCUGAAGAAGGUGUCACGCCAGAUGGAGGUGGUCCCUACUGUCCGGCCCUGCAGGCAGCAGCUGGACAAGAAGACACAGUGGACCAACACCAACGAGGAGAGCCUGAGGAGGAUUUUUAAAAACCUGGCCUCCAUGGAGCUUGACCUGGAGGAAGGCCUGCAGACGGUCAAUGACGGUCUGGACAUCAACCAAGUGAGGCAGAAGAAUGAGGGAUGCUUCAGAGCCUGGAUUGAGAAGUGGAUGGGGAGGAGGAAGGAGAAGAACCCGAAGGAUGAAGAGAUGGAUAGGGAGGACAAAGGGAAGAUGGGUGAGGAGUUGAGGGCACUGAUCCAAGUGAUGCGGAGAAACUGCAGCGAAAGUGAUCUUGAGGCAGUAGACCUGGACAGAUGGUUGAAUGAUCUCGAAAGGUUGAAAGUGGCCUUCAAGAAAUGCACUGGCAAGAUCUGCGAAAUGGUAGAGUUCAUGGUAGAAAUGCAGACCAGAAUAGCUGAGAACAGGCCUGAAAAAAAGAACUAUGUCCGGAGCUUUGUAAGUUACUCUUACUUAUUGAGUGUAGUCAUGUAUCUAAUGUAUUUAUAGAUUAGUUAUACAGUAUAUCUAGAGAUUGUGUAUAACAUAGCACUGUCCUGACAGUUUGUUUGUUGUUUCUGGUAUUACAGAGCCCAGGGAAAGUCUCUGGUCCUGUGUCUGGCCAGACUGGCCUUUCUCCUCUUGUGACCUCAUCACCCUGGACCCUGGCUGAAGCCCUACAGGCCCUGCCCUCUGCUGUGGCCCCUCUCUCCCCAGAGGAUGUCCCAAGGCCACGGACUCCUCCCAGCCCUGUCCCUGUCAUUGUUUCUCCAUCUGCUGUGUGUCACACCCUGGCUCUGGGACUCUAUAUGUUGAGCCAGGGUGUGUGCAUUCUAUGUGUUCAUUUUCUAUGUUGGGUGUUCUAGGUUGUCUAUGUCUAUGUUUGCAUGUGUGACUCCCAAUCAGAGGCAACGAGUGUCAGCUGUCGGCUGGUUGUCUCUGAUUAGGAGCCAUAUUUAAACUGUGUGUUUUCUCUUGGGUGUUGUGGGUUUUUGUUCCGUGUCGGUAUGUUUAACCGUGGACUUCACGAAUCGUGUUUUGUUUGUAUUUAGAAACUUUAAUUAAAUAAAGUCAUGUUUAUUUCACACGCUGCGCCUUGGUCUACUACUCCUUACCCAGACGAUCGUGACAGAAAAACCCACCAUACAAGGACCAAGCAGCGUGUCCAGGAGCAGGCAGCCUGGUCAUGGGAGGAAGCGCCAGGAAAGGAGAUGGAGAGGCUGGCGAUGGCCCAGGUGGGCAAAGUGUGGUCCUGGGAGGACAUGCUCGGGGGCAAGGGACCUUGGGGUAGGAUCAAGGCCCUGGCGAGAGAGGAGCAGCGGCGUCAGCAGUGCCAUCGUCGGACGGACGAGAGGCACCCCCAAGAAUUUUUUAGGGGGGGGCACACGGCAUGGGCGACUGGGCAGCAGGAGGCUGCCACGGGGCGAAAUAGGAGAAGAGGAGAGAAGGCCACCGGGUUACGGGAGCCAUUGGCGAGAGGAGGGAAGGAAGUCGUAGAGGCACGGCGAGAGGGACUGAGGUGUAUUGCCAGUCCGGUCCGGCCCGUUCCUGAUCCCCGUUUAAAGCCAGUGGUGUGUGUUCCCAGUACGGUCCGGCCUGUCCCUGCUCCACGCACCAAACCUACGGUGUGCGUCGCCAGCCCAGUCCGGCUUGUCCCUGCUCCACGCAUCAAACCUACGGUGUGCGUCGCCAGCCCUGCCCGGCCUGUCCCUGCUCCACGCACCAAGCCUACGGUGUGCGUCGACAGUCCUGUCCGGCCUGUCCCUGCUCCACGCACCAAGCCUACGGUGUGCGUCGACAGCCCAGCCCGGCCUGUCCCUGCUCCAUGCACCAAACCUACGGUGUGCGUCGCCAGCCCAGCCCGGCCUGUCCCUGCUCCACGCACCAAGCCUACGGUGUGCGUCGACAGCCCUGCCCGGCCUGUUCCUGCUCCACGCACCAAACCUACGGUGUGCGUCGCCAGCCCAGCCCGGCCUGUCCCUGCUCCACGCACCAAGCCUACGGUGUGCGUCGACAGUCCUGUCCGGCCUGUCCCUGCUCCACGCACCAAACCUACGGUGUGCGUCGCCAGCCCAGCCCGGCCUGUCCCUGCUCCACGCAUCAAACCUACGGUGUGCGUCGCCAGCCCUGCCCGGCCUGUCCCUGCUCCACGCACCAAACCUACGGUGUGCGUCGCCAGCCCAGCCCGGCCUGUCCCUGCUCCACGCACCAAACCUACGGUGUGCGUCGACAGCCCAGCCCGGCCUGUCCCUGCUCCACGCACCAAGCCUACGGUGUGCGUCGCCAGCCCAGCCCGGCCUGUCCCUGCUCCACGCACUAAGCCUACGGGGUGCGUCGCCAGCCCAGCCCGGCCUGUCCCUGCUCCACGCACCAAACCUACGGUGUGCGUCGCCAGCCCAGCCCGGCCUGUCCCUGCUCCACGCACUAAGCCUACGGGGUGCGUCGCCAGCCCAGCCCGGCCUGUCCCUGCUCCACGCACCAAGCCAGGGGUGCGAGUCGUCAGCCUGGUCCAGCCCGUUCCUGCCACUCGCACCAAGCCAGGGGUGCGAGUCGUCAGCCUGGUUCAGCCCAUUCCUGCUACUCGCACCAAGCCCGGGGUGCGAGUCGUCAGCCUGGUAAGACCGGUCAGCUGCUCCACAACGGAGCGUAAGCAAUCCGCUCCGUCAAUGUCCAGUCCAGAUCCUGCCAGCGGGGUCAGACCGGACCAGGGGCGCUACGGGGGUAUUAUGGAGGGGUGGUGGUCAUGGCCGGAGCCGGAGCCGCCUCCGAGGAGGAAUGCCCACCCAGCCCUCCCCUGUUUGGGGUUUUGUUGAGACGCGGUCGCAGUCUGCGCCUUUAGGGGGGGGGUACUGUCACACCCUGGCUCUGGGACUCUAUAUGUUGAGCCAGGGUGUGUGCAUUCUAUGUGUUCAUUUUCUAUGUUGGGUGUUCUAGGUUGUCUAUGUCUAUGUUUGCAUGUGUGACUCCCAAUCAGAGGCAACGAGUGUCAGCUGUCGGCUGGUUGUCUCUGAUUGGGAGCCAUAUUUAAACUGUGUGUUUUCUCUUGGGUGUUGUGGGUUUUUGUUCCGUGUCGGUAUGUUUAACCGUGGACUUCACGAAUCGUGUUUUGUUUGUAUUUAGAAACUUUAAUUAAAUAAAGUCAUGUUUAUUUCACACGCUGCGCCUUGGUCUACUACUCCUUACCCAGACGAUCGUGACACUGUGGAGUACUUUCCACACCCUCGCCUGGCCCUCAUCAUCAACCUGCGCGAGAACAGCAGGAAGCUGCUCCAGGACAUGGCACAGAAAAUGCCACGAGUGGCCCAACAGGUAGGUUAUGGGAAAGGAAGAAGGGUUGUCAUUCUCUCCUACUAUAGGCGUAAGAUACCUGUCAGUGUAAGUUUAGUAAGCUUCUCUUGUACUCUCAGGAUGUUGAGGCGAAGAGGAUCGGCAAAGGGAAAAAGAAGGCAAAGAAAGGUAGGAGAAAACCAGUGAUAGACAACAGGAGGAAAAUGUUGAGGAAAGUGAGAAAAGGAUGUGAAAAGGGACAAAAAGAGUCUGAGGAAGAG